AUGGAGGAUUCGCUGAGAUCCUCGUCUUCAACAGUGGACAUCUCGCCGGACGGCAUCGUAGAUCAAGAGGGGGAAAAGGAUGCACUAGAAGUAUGCCUUUCUCAUUCUCGAGAUAGUAGCGAUUCAGCCGAACGCAGACAGGAAGGGCAUCGUUCAGAAAAUAACAUUUCCCGAUUAAGUGACCAUUCAACAAAUUCCUAUGAAGUAAGAGGAGGAAAUAAAACCAUAAAAAUGAUUUUAUUGACUCAAUGUCUGGCCGGCUUACAGUUUUCAUGGUCCGUGGAAUUGGCAUAUGGAACGCCAUAUUUACUAGAUCUAGGGUUAUCAAAAUCGCUUAUGUCUCUUGUAUGGCUGGCUGGACCAUUAUCAGAAGGUCUCGUUAUGCAACCUAUAGUUGGCGCGUUUUCCGAUAGAUCCACAAGUAAAUAUGGGCGGAGGCGACCUUAUUUGGUGGGGGGCAGUAUAAUGGUUAUGGCAACUUUCAUAUCUAUAGGAUGGACAAAGGAAAUUGUAGGGUUAUUUUUUGGCACCGGAACGGACUCGAGUAAAUACAUGUCAAUGUGGUUUGCCGUGUUCUCUUUCUAUGCAUUAGAUUUUUCAAUUAAUGCUGUGAUGGCUGCUUGUCGUGCCUUGAUCACCGACAGUCUACCAAAACUACAACAAGAGGCAGGCAACGCGUGGGCCGGCAGAAUGGUGGGUGUUGGAAGUGUGGUCGGCUAUUUCAUGGGAUUUGUAAAUUUGAAGGAUUAUUUCCCUUUUCUAGGAAACACUCAGUUAAAGGUUUUAUGCAUUCUUGCGUGUAUUGUAUUGGUUAUUUGUAAUGUGAUAACCUGUUGGGCUGUACCAGAGAGACCCUUGGUUGGUGGAGGAGGAAGUACGAGAUCGGCGUGGGAAUCCACCAUAGACACUUUUUACUCAAUCACCAGAUUAUUUCGUAAGCUUCCAAGACAAGUAAAAAAUGUUUGUUAUGUGCAGUUUGCUUCGUGGAUGGGAUGGUUUCCAUUUUUAUUUUAUUCCACCACAUGGGUAUCCGAAAUAUUCGUGCGUAAUUCACAGAAUGGCACAGGUUCUAACUUAGAUGGCACACAAGCGGGUUCAUUUUCACUAUUGUUAUUUUCAUUAGUAAGCUUGUUCGCAUCUUUUGUUUUACCCUUGUUAGUUGCCCCAUCAGACAUUGGCACGCCACCACGAGAAUUUUCUAUGAAACAACUCUUAAGAUUACCAUUACCUUUUUUAACAUUAUCAAGAUUAUGGACAAUAUCGCAUUUUAUAUUUGCAUUUGCGAUGAUAUCAACUUGGUGGGUAGGGAAUGUAUUUCAAGCCGACCUGAUCAUUAGUCUUAUAGGUAUAUCAUGGUCAAUAUCAAUGUGGGCGCCAUUUUCUCUUCUGGGUGAAUAUAUAAAAGGGAAAGAUGCCGUUGUUUUCAGGGAUGAAGGAGACGAUGGGCAAAUUUAUAGCUUAGUUGAGUCGCGCGCAGAUAGAGAAGUGGAAGGAAGGGAAUAUAAUGGACUAGAGGGUGAAGAUGAUCAUAAUGUGUUACUCUCUGAUGCAAAUGAUGAUAUUUCGGUUAGUUCGGUCAGUUCUGGCAUCAUAUUAGGAAUUCAUAAUAUGUUUGUAGUAUUUCCACAAUUUUUUGCAACAUUCUUUAGCAGCAUAGUGUUUGCUAUAUUGGAACCUGUAAAUGAAAACAAAACUGAUGGGGGAGACGUAGAAACUGACUCAAUUGGAUUUGUAUUGAGGUGCGGAGGAUUGAUGAGCAUUGUUGCGGGAUAUUUAUGUGUAAGAUAUUAUAUUAUCAGAAAAUAA